UCCUGUGUACAGAAAAUAAUAAAUUAAAUUAUUGAAGAAAGAGAGAGAAAGGUAAGGAAAUACUUUAAAUAAAUAAAAAGAAAAAGAAAAGGUUAGGACAAAUCCCCUAAUCUUUCUCUUCUCCUCUGCCACUCUGUCUUCUCUACUGUUUCUGGCGUCGGAAAUUGUGGUAUCGUUGACCUAAUCACACUUUCUAAUGCCUUCCACCUCAGGUGUAUGGGUGCGAGUUGAUUCAAUUGGGUCGUAUGAGGUUCUUGGUUUCUUUAAUUGAGAGUCGGAAGUCGGUAAGGCAGAUGUUCAUGUACAGCUAUCGCAUCUUUCUCCGCAGAAAGAGAUUUUUGGCAGAUUCAAAGAGGAGCUAAAAAUAUUAGUUACUUCAGGUUGGAGUUCAGCAGGUGGGUUGGACAAGAUUGAAUCCUUCGGCAGGAAAUAUUGUGUCCCCCCGUCUUUUGGAUUUGUGAAGUUUGGGAUAAGAGGAAAAAAAGGGAUAGUAUGGCUGAAGGAGAGGAGCUUAUUCAGCUUAAGUUUCGCAUGUUUGAUGGAACAGAUAUAGGCCAUACUACUUAUGCACCAUCUACGACAGUUGCAACUCUUAAGCAAAAGCUGGUGGCGGAGUGGCCUAAAGACAAAACAAUAGUACCAAGGUCGGUAAAUGAUGUAAAACUCAUACAUGCGGGUAAAGUUCUAGAGAACCGGAAGACACUUGCUGAUUCAAGAAUAACAUUUGGCAACGUACCUGGUGAAGUCAUUACUAUGCAUAUCCUGGUACAGCCUACUCCACUUAAAAAGAAGACAGAUAAAAACCAGGAGGAGAUGCAAAAGAUUAAUUCAUGUUCGUGUACAAUUCUUUAAACCAGUGAAUCGUUUGCUUUUUGGCUGCCAUUGCCUAUUGAUUGCAUUUUUUUCUCUCUUAAAAACACCCCCUCUUCUUGGCAUUGAUGGGGUUCUCCUGGUGAAACAAAAUAUAAUAAUGAUUCUGAGAAACAUAUAUGUGAGUAUUCAUGUUAAUUCUGAAUGAACUUCAGAAUAUCUACCAUGAUGUUCUGGUACUUUGAUCAAAGUUGUGCAAGUAUUCUAGUUAUGUUAGUUGUGUGCGUAUAAGCUAGCUGAAUUCCCAUUUUGUAAUUUGUACUACCCUACUUUGAUAGUGCGAGAAAGCCUACUUGAUUUUCUUUUGUAUA